UUUUAACCAUUUUAGCUUUGUUUUAUUAGACGUUACUGAACGAUUUGGCCUCAUUACUCCUCCUCUACAGUUAGCAGCUGGAAAGUGGAACAUCUAGACUGAUGUAUUUCUCAGGUGUUGACCAAACCAGAGCUAAAAAAAAGAGGUAAUGCUGGACAAAAACAUCUGUCUGAACAUUUUCUUCCAUGCUGCUGCUGUUACCAGGCCUGGGGGGCAUCAUGUGCAUCUGUCUGCUUGUUAUAUUUUCUGCCAUCUAGUGGCCAAAAAUUGUGAUUUUUUUGUGGGGUUAAUUUCCCCAAUAACACCCUCUAUCUGCAGGUGUGGUUGUGUGGAGGCAGCAUGGAGGUGCUGCCCUGCUCCAGAGUGGCUCACAUCGCACGGAUGAAGAAGCCCUACCACAGUAAUAUAGCUUUCCACACGCGGCGCAACGCUCUACGUGUGGCCGAGGUCUGGAUGGAUGAGUACAAGUCCAACGUCUACCUGGCCUGGAACAUCCCCAUGGAGAACCACGGUAUUGAUUACGGAGACAUAUCUCAGAGGGUUGCGCUGAGGAAGAGUCUGCAGUGUAAGAGCUUUCAGUGGUACCUCGACAAUGUUUACCCCGAGAUGAGGAGGUACAACAACACGCUGUUCUACGGCGAGAUCCGCAACUCUAAAGUAAGCCACCUGUGUAUGGAUCAGGGUAUGAAGGAGAACCACACGGCCACCCUGCACCCCUGCCAUGGAUGGGGUCCUCAGUUAGGACGUUUCACCAAAGAGGGUCAGCUGUUCCUGGGUCCGCUGGGCAGCACCGGCGAGGACACCCGCUGUGUGGUGGACGACCAGAUCAGCAGCUUUCCUCAGCUCCUCAACUGUGACAAGGUGACCAAUGUGAAGCAGAAGACGUGGCAUUUCACUCAGAACGAAUCGAUCAUCAAUCGAGCUACAGGACGCUGUCUGGAGGUGGUGCCGGCCAACGUUUACUUCGGCCACCUGCUGGUGCUGCAGCCCUGCUCAGGCCAGAGGUGGACCAUCAAGAACACCAUGAAGCAAUAGUCGACUGGCCGAUUUCACUGGGACCAAUUACACCAGAGGCCAUUCCCAAGAGCCGUCAGCUGACCUCAGCGAGGCCGAUGGACUAACGAUGAGGAGAGGCUCCUCAUCUUCUCAAGGAAGGACUCGAGGAGGUUUGUUUUAAAGACACAGGUGCUGUGAAGACUUUAAGCGAGAGGUGGUUUGGGAACAUUUUUUACAAUGUGGACAUUCACAGUGAUGCAAGUUUAGCAUGAGGACUGUUUCUCUCUAUUUGAAUUUUACAAACUUUCGAUGUGAUGUUGCCAUAAUUCCUGUACGUGCCACUUCUCUACGAUGUUUUUAGGUUUAAGGAUAGAAGUUUAAUCAACCAAAACUGUGUUCUGUCUUAUGUGGGAAUUAAAGGUUUCUAUCUUGAUCCUCCAAAAAUCUUUCUGCAAUAUUUCCUCCUGUAUCACGUUAUGUCUUUUAAGAUGUGAAAAAAUAAUAAAAUACCUGGAAUCAAAGUUUUCUGAAAUAUGCACUGAUCAGAAAACGUUUAAGUCGUUCAAGUUUUUAGUGCAACACACCUAAAAAUGAAGGCGUGCCAACUCACGACAGGCAUAAUUUAACA